AUGGAGGGCGCCCUGCCCUCUUUGCUCUGGGGUGCAUUUGCGCCUUGCGUCCCGGUUGCCAUUAUCUCCAGCGUGCUUUUGACUGCCAUUCUAUACAAUCGAAUAGACAGUAGCUACGUCUUUCUUCCUGCGAAGCACGAAACAACCUCGAAUGACACAAUAGGCGCUCUCCAGAAUAUCCAGCAGAUCGAAAGCAAUGGCGGUGACCAAGCUUACUAUCUCUACUACAAUACUAUCACCAACCCAGCCGUGUUACACAUGAUCUCUUCCUGGACAGCCAAGAUCAUACCUUUUGUCACCGGAGCCUCGAUGGCUCUUGUCGCCUUUUUCGCCGGCCAACGAAUUAUGAAAGCGACCAGCAACAAAUCUGGGAAGCUACCGAGUCCUCACCAGGUAUCCAUCUUGAUUGGACUACUCAAUGGCGGUGGCACUCAACCUCUGCUCGAUACCGUCAAGUAUCGCUGGCAAAACCACGAAUCUCUGGUCCAACCAGUUCCUCUGGCCUUUUGGUGUUUGUCGUUCAUUGUGUUCAUGACCUUCGCCAUCGGCGCAGUCGAUAGCUGGUUCGGUACAGUUACCACGGCCAUGAACAUCGCAUUGGUCAUUCCGAAGACCAACACAUCCUACUCCUAUGGAAGAGGUUUAGAUCCACAUCAGUGUGCGCCAGGAGAGUGGAAGAUACGGGGUUGUCCAUCCAACCCUCAAGCGAGCUGCAGUUACCCGUGCAGCAUUACUAACUGGACUGCGACAAACGGAGAACGCGAAGGCGUGCUCAAUGCGCAGCAAGCAGCAGAGACUCUGAUGUCGAACUCUGUGAAUAACACAAUCUUUAACGUAACGGUCAAUGGCUCAAACUAUUACUUCCUUGGGGAUGUCCUGAGCAGCAGGACGCUGGACUUCGUGGCGACGACGUUGGCGAUCAAGACGCAGUGUCAAAUGGUGACACCCAACUGCACUGUCACGUCCGUCAACGAUGUCAGCUCGGGCUUCACUUGCGGCCCUUACAAUGCGCCAUCCUUUUCGUACUCUGGAGAGGUUGGCAUGGACCCUAAGAACGCGACAUCGGCGCCAGACGAGGCAAUGGUUGGUAUCCAAUUCUUCAACGACACAGGAUUGACUCAGCCAGUGGGUUUCGGAAGCAGCACUACAAACCUAUUCAGCACGCAGAAUCCGCUUCAGUUCCUGACUUGGUCAAAGGGCUUUCCGCCGGUGGACACCUAUCAAGACGAAUUUGCCCAAAUGCGCAACAAUAGUUACCUCAAAUAUGACGCUACCGGCGAUACCGUGUUCAUCCUGAGCUGUUCAGCAAUCAUCUCGGUAGUGAAAUAUAACUGGACCAACGGAACAGUGAGCCUUAUUGAGCUUGAGGCAGACGAAAACACGGCGGACUAUUAUGGUGCCGUCUUCAGCGCCCCGUUCGCCAUCAACAGCCCCCUUUCCCACCUGUCCCUUCAAGACGCCGCAGCGUUGGCCGCCUACCAGAAAACGCCAGAGGGUCUGUCAAAGAUCUUCGCCGACCGUUUCUCACAGGCGGCCGUCGCUCUUAGCUCGGGAAUCGCCAUCAGGGUGAAGAACGAGCAAGAGUGGACGAGAGACAACUUUUUUCUUGCGACGCGCGUUCCGUACCUGCCUCUUUAUCUCUUAGUCACGCUCAAAGCCAUCUACGCCCUAUUCGCGCUAGGUCUUGCUCUCCUAGCGGUCUUCCUGACGCAGCCGUCGCAGGCUCAAGAGGUCAAAGAACGGCUGACGGUCGACGGUCUCGCGGCGGGCUUCUUUGAGCCUCACGCCAACCACGAGCGGGCCGUCAAGAAUGUCUGCGACCUGUUCGAUGAGCACCAGAGCCCCGAAAAGAGCGAGGACACCAAGAAGAUCGGCCUGUUGCAGACCGAAAAGGGCGGCUGGCUCUGGGUCACCGUGGCGCAAAGAGCAGCCGAGGGACUGGGCAUCCAGGAGGUAGCCAACUUCGCCGCAGAUCAGGCUGCCGACACGGCCGCGAAGCAGGCCGGGACGCUUGGUACCUUGGGCCAAGGAUAUAAGUUGGUUAAGGACAUUAUUUAG